CUGACAACAGUGGUUCGAAAUAACAAGGUACGCACGUGUGUUUUAACUUAAUUUUAAUUUUCGGUAAAAAUAAUGAAGUUGGCAACGAAGAAAGUAAAGACUUUGGACAAAACUAAGCCCAAAAAGGAUGCUAUCAAGAAAAAGAAGCAGUCCGAGAAGUCUAAAGUCUCGAAAGUAGCAAAGAAAGCGGUUAAGCAAAAGUCAGAAAACAAAGAUGAGAAGCGGCCAAAGAAGAAAGUGACAAAGAAGUCUCACAAAAAGGAUUUGGAAGGUCUUAAGGAUCUAGAUCCGGAGUUUUAUGAUUUUCUGCAAAAGAACGAUAAGGAACUCUUGGACUUCAAUCUUAUGGACAGCGAUGACGACGACGACGACGAUGAAGAUCACAACGAAGAAGAGGUGAAAGAAGCUGGCGAGGAAGAGAGCGACGAGGAUGAUGAGAAAUACCAUAAGCCCAGCGAUGAUCUGGCUGUUGGCAGCGAUGAGAGUGAUUUCGAAGGUGACGAUGAUGACGAGGAGACGACAGCCGGUGGAGUGCAAAAGAUCACACUGAAUCUGUUACGUCAAUGGGAACUGCAGCUGGGCAAACCCAAUGUGCCCAUUGAGACAGUGCGUCAGGUGAUACAGGCCUUCAAUUCGGCCCUGGCCAGCAUCAGCGCUGACGCUGAGGGUGAACAGGCGAAUGCCGCUGCUUACAAAGUUGUGGGCGCUGCCGCCUUCAAUGGUGUCAUCCAGUUGUGUGUGCUCCAUCUGCAGCCGGCGAUCAUCCGAAUGCUGGGUGUCAAGCCCAACAGCAGUCUGCCGCUGCACAAGCACAAGAAGUGGGUCAAGGUGCGCGGUUGUCUGCGUUAUUAUCUCACGGAUCUGAUUCGGCUCGUGGAACAAGUGUCCAGCUCCAAUAUACUCAAUGUGCUGCUCAAGCAUCUGCAUCAGAUGGCCGGCAUGGUGGCGCCCUUCACGGCUCUGGGCAAGACCAUACUUAAGCGUCUGAUUGUGCUCUGGGCAACGGGUGAUGAAACGGUGCGAGUUUUAUCCUUUUUGUGCAUCCUGAAAAUCACACGUAAACAGCAGGCCACCAUGCUGAAUCACGUGCUCAAGGCCAUGUAUCUGGCGUAUGUGCGGAAUUCCAAGUUCGUCUCGCCCAACACAUUGCCGGGAAUUAACUUUAUGCGUCGCUCGCUGGUGGAGAUGUUCGCCCUGGACUUGAAUGUUAGCUAUCAGCACGCCUUUCUCUACAUCCGUCAGCUGGCCAUUCAUCUGCGCAAUGCGGUCAUACUGAAGAAGAAGGACAGCUUCCAGGCCGUCUACAAUUGGCAGUAUAUCAAUUCACUGCGUCUCUGGGCGGAUCUACUUGGAGCGAGCACGAAUAAGCCGCAACUGCAGCCAUUGGUUUAUCCACUGGUUACUAUCACAACUGGUGUCAUUCGGCUUAUCCCGACGGCACAGUAUUUCCCAUUGCGUUUCCAUUGUCUGCAGUCGCUCAUCUCGCUGGCCAAGGAGACGAACACGUUUAUACCCAUAUUGCCAUUGAUUGUGGAGGUGCUAAGGAGCAACACCUUCAAUCGCAAGCACACAUCAGUGUCCAUGAAGCCAUUGCAAUUCACCUGCAUCUUGCGUCUGAACAAGGCACAGCUGGCGGAGAACGGAUUCCGUGAUGAGGUCGUAGAGCAGGUGUGUGGUCUCCUCUUGGAGUAUUUGGCCCACGAAUCGGCCACAUUGGCGUUCAGCGAUCUUGUCGUGCCGGUGGUCAUGGCCAUCAAGGCAUAUCUCAAGGAGUGCCGCAAUGCCAACUACACGCGCAAGCUGAAGCAGUUGCUGGAGAAGAUUCAGGAAAGUGGUCGCUUCAUCGAGCAGCAGCGUGGCAAGAGCAGCGUCAACUUUGACCUGAAGGAUGCAAAGGCUGUGCAGGCCUGGGAACAGCAGGUGCGCAACAAGCGCACUCCAUUGGACAUCUACUACACCAGCUGGCUGAAGACGCACGAGACGAAGAAGCGACGCCAAGCGGCUCAAGUCGAUGACAUCAAUGCCGACUAUGAUGUGCCCAAGCUGAAGCGACCGGCGGCAAAGACUGGUGUCCCAGUGCGCAAUGAGAAUGGCGAGCUGGAGCUGUUCCCAUCGGACUCGGAAGAUGAGGAAGUUGGCAUACCCAGAGAUGAUGACGACGAUGACAAUUCCGAGCUGGAGGUGGAACAACCCAAGGCAAAGAAACCCAAGGCGGACAAAAAGAAGCGGGAGAAACCAACGAAGCCAGCGGUAACCGAAGAGGCAGCAGAUGAUUAUGAUGAGGCUGCAACGGCUGUGGAUAUUGUCAAGGAUUUGGAUUUGAAUGAUUGGUAAACACUUUGUGCUAGCAUUAACAUAAUCUAGAAAUACAUAUAUAUAUUUACAAAUUAAUUCGA